AUGACCGAAAAAGAAAAAUUAGCUCUUCUCAAAGAAAUCCAAGAAAUGGAUCUGACGGCUUCGGAGCAAAUGUUGACCGGAGAAGAAACCCGUCAACAGUACGAGGCUCGAAAAGGAAUUAUUGAAAAAAAAAUAAUGCAUAUUGGCACACUUGAGACAAUUAAUGCUAACUGGGUCCAAUGCAUACAACAAGUUUCAGCAACGAAGAGAAAAAAAGAGGAAGACAAAUACUAA